AUGCCCAGGAGGCCCAGGAUGACGUGCUUGCUGACGCUGCGCGGGCUGGGCGCCGCCCUGGCCCUGCUGCUGGCCGUCCUGCAGGCCCUCAUGCUGGCCACGCCGGGAGGCGCGGAGUACCAGCAGAGCCUCAUGUUCAGCGACAUCCUCCCGGAGAACCCCAAGCUCUACGACAAGAUGCGGCCCCCCAAGAAGGACGGCGGCCCCACGGUCGUCUACUUCCACGUCACCGUCAUGGGGCUCGACUCCAUCGACGAGAACUCGAUGACGUACGCUGCAGACAUUUUCUUCGCUCAAACUUGGAAAGACCACCGACUGCGGUUACCUGAAAACAUGACGUCAGAAUAUAGGUUAUUAGAAGUAGACUGGUUGAAGAACAUGUGGAGACCGGACUCGUUCUUCAAGAACGCCAAGGCCGUCACGUUCCAGACCAUGACCAUCCCCAACCACUACAUGUGGCUCUACAAGGACAAGACCAUCCUCUACAUGGUCAAGCUGACGCUCACGCUCUCGUGCGCCAUGAACUUCAUGAUCUACCCGCACGACACGCAAGAGUGCAAAUUGCAGAUGGAGAGCCUGUCGCACACCACGGACGACAUGGUGUUCCAGUGGGACCCCGACGUGCCGCUGGUCGUGGACGAGAACAUCGAGCUCCCCCAGCUGCAGCUCGUCAAGAACAACACCGCCGACUGCACCCAGGUGUACUCCACAGGCAACUUCACGUGCCUCGAGGUGGUGUUUGUGCUCAAGCGGCGACUGGGCUACUACCUCUUCCACACCUACAUCCCCACCUGCCUGAUAGUCAUCAUGUCCUGGGUGUCCUUCUGGAUCAAGCCGGAGGCGGCGCCGGCCAGGGUCACCCUGGGCGUCACGUCGCUGCUGACGCUGUCCACGCAGCACGCCAAGUCGCAGGCCUCGCUGCCGCCCGUGUCCUACCUCAAGGCGGUGGACGCCUUCAUGUCGGCCUGCACUGUAUUCGUGUUCAUGGCGCUCAUGGAGUACUGCCUCGUCAACAUCGUGCUUGGUGACUCGGACGCACCCAAGCCGCCGCCCGACCCGAACAAGCAGGACAAGGACAAGAUCUUCGACUUGGCCGCCAAGGAGAACGCGCGCCUGCUGCACGGCCACGGGCACGGCCACGGCCACGGCCACGCCCACACCCACGUGCCGGUGCCGCCGCCGCCGCCGAGGCCCAGCCCGGCCCAGCGCGCCCGGAUGCAGGCCCUCAACAUCGACCGCUUCUCCAGGGUCUUCUUCCCGCUGCUCUUCUUCGUCCUCAACUGCACCUACUGGAUCAUGUUUGCCCGCUACCUAUAGCGUGCUAUACCGUGCUAUUGCGCCCGACCACACAUCAGCGACGUCCACGCCGUCACUACUGCCGGCUCCGCUUCCGGUCGCGCACUUCCGGUGCUUCCGGUUCCGGGAGCGUGCGGGACGACCUGGGAGAGGCGGAACGGUGUGGGUGCCACUCGCAGUGGCGCAGCCUGCAGCCCGGCGGUGCGCCACGCCAUGGCCACGCAGUGGCAUCCUCUCUAGUCUAGAGCCCUAUAACAGUGUAGGGCUUUUUCUCAGACAAGCCGGGUGGGUGGGCACG